GUUCAUUCUGACUAACGACGCACGGUGAUUCCCUUGCCUAUUUAGGCGCAUGACUACCACUUGAAAAAGAAAUAGACACCAAGCAUAGAGAAGAGUAGAGUAGAGUUACAAAACCAAUCGCAGCAAUGCAUCCCAAUCAACAACAAUAUCACCAACCACAACAACCGCCUAUGUCAGUCCCACAACCACCGGUACCUAUAUCGAUCACGAUAUGCGGCGAUGGCGGAUGCGGUAAAUCGUCUAUCACCCUGCGACUAGUCCGAUCCCAAUGGACGUCCGAGUACGACCCGACGAUUGAAGAUAGUUACAGCAUCACACGGCGCAUUGACGGGACAACGUACCACCUUUCGCUAACUGACACGGCGGGCCAAGAAGAAUAUCGCGGCAUGUGGGCAUCCUCUAACCUAAGCGCCGACGCCUUCCUCCUCGUCUACGACAUCACCUCGCACGAUAGCCUCGACGCCCUAAACUACUUCAACGACCUCAUAGAUAUGGAGGCCGAGACACGGUUAGACAAUGCGGCGCGGGCGAGGAGGGCUGGCUUAGGGGCAGGGCAGAGGAGAGGGAGUGCUGGGCUAGGAGGAGCAGGCAGUGGCGCAAGGACGAUACCACCGGUUAAGAUAGUGGCAGGAAACAAGUGCGAUCUCCAAGAGUCACGGCAAGUGCCGGCAGCACAGGGACUCGACUGGGCUCGGAAACGCGGGUGCGGCUUCAUGGAAACGAGUGCCCGCCUCGAGGUGAAUAUUGAAGAAACAUUCGCUCUUAUCGUCCGCCGAGUAGUCGAGGGUCGUCGCCUGGCGGAAAUGGGCGUACUGGAUAACACUGAAAUGGACCGUCGUGGUGUCACGAAACCCUUAACACCUUUGGGAAACAGCGACGACCGGGACACAGAUAUGGAGAAGCCUGGGCGCUCGGGGUUAAUGAGGGGGCCACGGCUUGGCGACGGCCAAAGGUUAGGUUUUGGGGGAAGAGGAAAAGAUGGGUUUUGGAGGAGUUUACGAUGUUGGUAGGGUGAAGCUCGCUCGACUAUCAAACUUCCUAGAGUCGACUACUACCCGGCUACUACACGUCAUGGACAAAAUUGCAAGUUGUCACUGGGAGCUUUCGAAUGAUAAACGCGAGGAAAGAGACGAAUACGUUGGUCUUAUGUCAAAGACUACGAUGCUCAGGG